UCAUAUUCCCCACAGCUGACCCUGGAGAAGGGCAGCUGCCACCUUAUGGGAACCAGGUGGCUACAGGGCUACACUGGGAGGUGGCGUGCUUAGGGUCCUUAGGGUGUGGGUAAGGGGACAUCCCUGGACAACUACUGGUCCCCGCAGCUGGGUGUGCUCAGGUCUCCAUCUAGGCUGCCACAGCUCUCAGGUGGCCCUGCGUUCUGCUCUCCAGGAACUAUGGCACGGGCUCGGGAAGAAGCAGGGGACAGCAGACUGGUGGCUGGUCGCGAGCCAUCAUCACGCAUCAUCAGAGUGUCUGUCAAGACCCCACAGGACUGCCAGGAAUUUAUGCUGGCUGAAAACAGCAGCGUCCGCCACUUUAAGAAGCAGAUCUCCAGCCGUCUUCACUGUGACACUGACCGACUGGUGCUGAUCUUCACCGGGAAGAUCCUCCGGGAUCAAGACAUACUGAGCCAGCGUGGUAUCCUUGAUGGCACCACGGUCCACUUGGUGGUGAGGACCCACCUGAAAGGAGCUCUGCCCAGUCCUGGAACUCUUCCAGGUCCCCCAGGCCCCAGCGCCCAUCGUGCUGAUGCCUCCACCUCCGACAGUGCCGCCGUGCAAGCCAGGCUGGGCCGGCUGGUCCGCUGCUCCCCUGAUCUGCCUGACUUCCUCAGCCAGCUGGGGCAACUCCUGGUGUCUGCCCCUGAGUCUGUAGUGCAAUACCUGGAAGACCCUCUGGUGCAAGGUCUGGCAAGUGAGAAACCAGCCAAUGUCAGUCACGUUCCUGAAUCAUCAAGGCCAAUACAGAAAACUGAACCAGCUCCUAAGGCUCUGGAAAACUUGCAGAAUCCAGCCCGGCAGCAGGAUCUUCUGCGGGCAAAUAAGCGGCGUCUGGAGGUUCUGAAAGCAGUGCCAGGUGGUGACAGUGCCAUGCCUGCCAUCUGCUCUGACAUCCAGCAGCUCAUGCUUUCCACUCUGGCCCCUCUGGUUGCCUCCAAAGGCCACAGACUAGGUUCAGAGACCUGCAGAGGAGAAGCUAGUGCUCACAGCAGGACUGACACCAUCACCACCCCCUCCACAGCCUCUGCAUCUUUCAGGCCAUUGGCACAAGAGAUCAGGCAAGAGGUCAGCGCAGGUUUAGUUGCCCAAGUCAGGGGGAUGGCCUCCAACCAGGCCAAUUCAGGGUUCAGGAAUGGCAUGUCAGACUUUGAUCAGGAUUCUCCCGCCCAGGGGAGCCAACAGCCUAUCGGGAAAGCUACUCUAACAAGUCAGCUGAGACCCUCGCCCAAUGCCUUGCGUAGAGCCUUGCACAUCCUGCAGCAGAAUCCAGCUUUGCUGCAUUACCUGACCACUGGCAGUCCCCUGCGACAUCAUAUGCCACUGCUUCCCAUCCUCACCAACCCACGAGCGCUGCAGGCUCUGAUACAGAUAGAAAAGGGCCUGCAGGUACUGGCCAGGGAGGUGCCUGGGCUGGGAAUUUACUUAUGGGGCACAGGUAGACCACGUGGGGCUAGAGGAACUCCUGAAACUAGAGGUGGAGGACAGGACCAUAGAGCAGACCUUCUGCCACCUACUUUGGCUGUUCUUCAGCUCCUCCAUGCACUGGCCAGUGCCUGCUCCCAGUCUACCCAACCUCCACCAUCCUCAACCCACCUCACUGAAGGCAGCUACCAGCAAGAACUGGAGCAUCUUAAGGCCAUGGGCUUUGCUAAUCAUGAUGCCAACCUGCAGGCCCUGAGGGCCACAGGUGGAGACCUCCAUGCGGCCAUCGAGAGACUGCUGGGGGCACCGGAAGCCUAGGUUCUUCCAACUGAUGCCCACGAGGCACCACUCCAUGGAGAUGGGAGAAAAGGAAGGGGAGGGAACUGGGAAGGGGAAGUAGCUUAUUUUGGGAAUUCCUACUAUUCAGAUCGUGUACACACUUGAAAGCCCCUCUCUUAUUGCCCAAGCUCGUUCUACAUUAAAAAGAUUGCU